ACCAAGAACCCCAGUGUCGAUGCAUAUAUCCGUGACGCGAAGCGAUUUACGUUAUCUAGCCGAUCUACAAUCGAACCAUAUCCCUUACAAAUAUACUUGAGUGGGCUUGUAUUUGCGCCAGCACAGAGCACAGUUCGACUUCUCUUCGAGAAGGAAGCAUUGCACUGGACGCAUCGAAUGCCAUCGAUUUCUUCCAACUGGAGCCCUUUACUGCAGAGCCUGAGCGGUCGUGUAUGGUCAAGUCGCGCUUUGGCUUUUCCCCCUUGCGGAAAGGUCUUAGCAUCGGCCGUAAUUAGAGGAGCGAGCAAGAUAGUGGAAGUAUGGGACCCCGUGACGGGGGAGCUUCUGCAGGCCUUUGACUUGCCAGACCUAGCGGUCAUCCCCGCUGAAAACGGUAUGUUUGGGGCAGUUGCUCUGUCGGAAGUUGGAGAGUUGCUGGCACUGAUGGUUGACUCACGUACGAUACAAGUUUGGGACGUGCUUUCCGGCUGCUGCAUCCGACGGCUUACUGGCCACGCAAGUGAGAUCAUACAUGCCGUGGCAUCGAAAGACGGUUCAGUCCUGGCCUCAACAACCGUUGUUGGAGCUAUCUAUGUGUGGGACACCUACAAGGCCCAGUGUUUACAGGUAAUACAAAGUCGGCACCAGUCAGCGUUGUUCAAACCUGCUCUCUCCAGCGAUGGCAAUAUCUUGGCAGUAAUCUCAGAUGAUGGCAUACUCCAACUCUGGCAGCCGACAACAGGUGACCUUCUCCGGAUUCUGAAAGUCCAAAGUGCGCCGAAAUAUGGCUUGUCAUCAGACGGUCAAGCACUCGACAUAUCGAAGGAUGGGAGAUUCCUCACAUCGGUGUCGUAUGGCCAGAUCCAACUCUGGGACAUCGAGACUGGUCGCUGCUGCCAGACUACAAACAUGGGCGUGGCAGAAUGUGCUGGGGUGGCCCUCUCUCCAGAUGGAAGUAUGCUAGCUACUUGUGCCCGCGUAUCGGUCAGACUCUGGGAUCUCAAGGCGGGCGAGGUUAUGGAUCCCCCUACCGUCAUUCGAACGAGAAAUCUUCGUGACGUUCGCUUCUCGCCGCAUGGGCGCUUGCUAGCAGUCUUGUCCGUUGAUUUACAGCUAUACGUCUGGGAUACCCUUACAGGCAGAUGUCUGGGUGAUCUGGGACACACUCGUGACGCGAUGCGCGAGUUCGAACUUUGGGAGGUU